AUGGUGCUCAUCUCUAUACCCACAACGGUCGCAGACAAGACCCAAACAGCAACGACACUUGCAACAUGUGUCGACACAAAGUCAACCGUCAUGCUCGAGUUCCAAGGAAUGAUUGAGAUGGACGGACAGACUUGGGCUGGAAACGCACUCGGACAACUCUCUAUCCUUGACGGGGAAGUGAAAGCACAAUUGGUUAUCGGAAACCAUCGCCUGGACGGAAAGGUGGUCAUGCUGGAUAAGCCAUUACUCUUGAUCCAGAAACAGCAGAAACCAAAGUACAGUCAGGAUGUCACAACUGGUACAGCAGGUGGGAAAGGAAAGAACAAUGAUAGCAGCAAUCGUCGGCGGAGUUCUGUAUUGCCACCGCACUACCAUCACCAGGACGAUGAUACGAUGAAUACCACAACGGACGUUUCUACCGCCGCCCCCAACGACACAGAUGCGACAGGGCUGUCGGCGGAUCCACUGGCACCUUCCAACAUUAAGGAUACAGUACAGUACGAUACUGUUGCGGUUAUUCGGCAAAAGAUCAUCUUCAACACCAUGCCUGUGCCGAUCAUCCAUCAUGAACGACGUGGACUGACUGUGAUCAAACGUGGCGUAUGA